AUGCUGCCUCCGCCCUCCGCUGCUGCUGGCACGCCGUGCCCGAUUCCUCCCCACGCUGAUGUCCAAAUGCCAAAGCCAAAACAACAACAACAUCACAAUCAACACCACCGUCAAUUUGACCAAGACCCAAACCCAUCGUCUCCAAGCGAUGACAUAACCGCAAACAUUUACUUUACGUCGGCCUUUGCAGUACCUGUUCCUGGCGUAUUGAAGAACGCUAAGCCGCGACGCAAAAGACACCAGGACGGGCUGGGAUUCACAAUCCAUGAAGACAACGGACACACUGUGGCUUCAAGAAAUCGGUAUGGACAAGGCAGUGACAACACCAACGGAGAUGACGAUGCCAACAAGGAUAAUCUGCUCAAGUUAGGCGCAAGAAGGAGGACCGCGAUAUCUCAACCACCGCAGCGACCAAAAAAGCGAGCUGUGAUCGGUGCCGCUUCGGCGGUCCUUGUUACCUCGACGACUGGUCUCGCUACCGCUCCGCCAGAAAAUGUUUCUGGUAUUGCACAGCCGCGAGUGCCGAAGCGGGGCAGUGCUUCGACGAGACUUAGUCAAGGCCCGAGACGACCAAUAACGAACAAGGCCGAAGGAGCUCCAUCAUCUUCGACGGCGGAACCGCUGUCGACACUACCUGAAGAUACCAUUGCUCUCCCAAUGCAAGAUUCAACAACUACGCUCAAGCCGGCACGGCGGGCUACUAUCUACAUUCCGAACGAGGACACCACGAUGCCAAGCAUGUACAUGGGCAUCUUCAGCCCAAUUAAGAAUCUUGAUAUGGCGGUGAAGGCUUCUGCAGGAUUAGCGUCAACUUCGACAACUGUAGAACGAUCCAGCAAGCCAGAUGUCGAGCUGACGGGAAUUGUUGCGCAGAUGGUCGCGAAGAAGAGAGGCGCAACAGAGGCCAAAAAUGCCACGUCUCUGAAGCGAAUGCCGUUGCAAGUCACGACCAAACCUCUUCAAGAAGGUACAGUGGUGGUGGAUCGAUGGGGCCAAGGCGGUGGUAAAGAGAACAUUCCCCCGGGAGAGGGUGCAAUGCUCGGUAAGAAAGCGAAGUCCGGGAAAGGGCUGCCUGCAGUUGAGGGACGAGGCAGAGAUCUUGAGGUCGUAUGUCCUCCAGCUCAACAGCAGGACAACACGCAAGCACGAGCUUGGCCGUCCUACGAACCCAAAGCGAGCUUUUCGAAGAAAGUCCAUCACGAAGGUUCUUCUCAACGAGCCUGCACGAAGCCUAGCUGGAAUGCAGGAUCACGAUUGAGGACCAGUCGAUCGGGUCGAACAUCCCUGAUGGAAAAACAAGAGCCAAAGUCAAGCCAGAGAAAAUUGGAGUGUGAAGCCCUUGGGAAGAAGCCGUCAGUCCCCAGUCGAUUUGUUAUCCCGAAAGUGGAUCUUUUGCCCGUCGCUGAGUUAUAUCCUGUCAUCGCUGAAGACCUGGCCGACCCGGCGAUGUAUGAAGAAAACUGGCUAAGCCACCAAGAGAUCGCCAUCACGCAACUCGUCAACAACCUCUUUGGGGCAUCCGCUCCGUUAACCUCGCCAGUCGAGGAUGAAAUGCUGAAGCUUCAGUUAUUUGAGAGAUAUGGAGACCCGGAAAAUGUGAUGCUCUACAAGCGACUUCAGGCAUCUCUGCUAUAUGGUGCGCUGAGUGUGUCCAGGGACGUUCUUAAGGGAGCUGUGCGACUCAGCAACGACCUGGGAAAGCGAAAGGCCUUCACUGAUCUGUGGCUCGAUACAUAUGAGCUUCCAUAUCUUGGAGCGGCACUGGAAGUUGUGGUUGGUCGGCGGUGCUUGAGCAACGGAACCGAGUCUUCGUCAGUGCGCCCAAAUAUCGACAGUGGACACGGCGUCAAUCGACGUACCUUGCAACAGUUUAUCGAGAUUUUCCUGAUUCGAAAUGAAGAUGGACAACCGGAUGAGAUAUCCACGGAUCGUCACACAUGGUCGUAUCAGCGCACCCUCCUGCGGAGUCUGAUGCUAAUCAAGCUUCUGGAUACGACGAAAGCUGCCACAAGCCCCUCAGGGAGCAGCAAGUGCCUAUUCCAGCCUUGCUCAUCGUACAAGACGUCUGUGGAUGUGGUCCAAGCCCUUUUCCAGCUGCUCAACCCCAGCGCUGGGGAUCCAAUUCGAGCCUUGACGCAUAUAGGGUACAUGGUCACACAUACACAACAUCCCCUCGCGGAAUACUCAUACAAGAUGGAGAAUCUGGCGGUCGACUUACGGGAUGGAGUGCGCCUGACGAGACUCGUUGAGCUCCUCCUGUAUCCUUCUGUGUCACAGCUUGAGUUACACGAUCCGGAAACAACUUCCAGUAUCAUUUUGCCCACCGGACAACAGUUGUCCUUGACCGAAGGGGACUGCUUUUGGCCGUUGUCUCAGCAUCUCAAAUAUCCCUGUCCAGGACGUGCAACAAAAUUGUACAACGUUCAGAUCGCCUUGAGCGCGAUACAGGGGGUCAAGGGGUUGGUGCCUUUGACAGAAGCUGUCAAAGCAGAAGACAUUGUGGAUGGUUUCAGAGAGAAGACUGUCAGGCUCCUCUGGGCCCUGACCAGCAAGUGGGGACUUGGUGGUCUGGUCGACUGGAACGAUGUUGAGCGUGAAAUCAAGAGAUUGUGCCGCACGGGCGCUAGCAGCUGUGAAUACGAUGAUUACGACCUGUUGUCAGAUGAAGAUGGUCAUGCGCGACACAUGGUCCUAUUGAAAGCUUGGGCUCAAGCCAUUGCCAGCAAGGAAGGGAUCCGGGUAACCAAUUUGACCACAAACUUUUCGGAUGGACGGGUCUUUCAAGCCAUUGUUGAGGAAUACGAAGGCUAUCUCAGUCAUGAGGUCGGGUCACGACAAGGCCGGUCGCUCAGUGACCGGCUGAGGCGUCUCGGAUGCAGUGAGCAGUUUGCGAUGCUCUUCGCCAAGACAGAAGGAUCGCCUCACUAUACGCACAUCUUCGACCGGGACUUUGUCGUGGCUGCGUUGGCGUUCCUUUGUUCUCGACUUCUCAAUCCAACCAAAGCGGUGCGAGCAGCCAUCACGAUCCAGAGGAGGUGGCGAUGGUAUUGGAGCCGAGUGGUUGAGUCUCGCAAGGUGCAUGUGAAGGCAGUCGCGGAGAGUUGCGCUAGGAUGGCCCUAGAGAAGGCGGCUGCAGUGGCAGCCAACCAGGGAAAGCAUGAAGUGGAGCUGACAGUGGCGAGAAACGAGGAGAAUGAACGAGCCGACGAAGACAUCUGGUUGAGCUUGUGA